CCUGGUUCCUACAUUAACAGUCAGUAAUUUUGUUAUCACUAAACAGAUUGUAAGGUUUUUCCGUCAUUGCGUUCUAAUGGAUUUGCGAGUGAGCGUGCCAAGUAUGUAAAUUUAUGUAAGUUAAUUAGCGAUUCCCUCUAAUACACAAUAGAAUGGCGUUUCUUUCCUAUUUUACUGCUUUUAGCCUUGUCGUUGUAGUGUACAGCAAGCCAAACGUUCUCUUUGUCGUCAGUGAUGACCUGCGGCCCGCACUGGGGACGUACGGGAAUUCCCGAGUGAUGUCUCCGACUAUCGACGCGUUGGCCAAUCGGAGUUUGGUGUUUACGCGCGCUUUUGUGCAGCAGGCGGUGUGUGGACCGAGCCGUACGUCAUUCCUGACUGGUCGUCGCCCGGAUACGACGAGGUUGUUCAGUAAUCGCGGGAAAUAUUGGAGAGAAGCGGCGGGAAACUUUACAACGUUGCCGCAGUAUUUUAAAGAGAAUGGAUAUUUUACUGCCUCUUUUGGAAAAGUGUUUCAUCAUGGCAGUGUAUCCGGUAACAAUGAUGACUCACCCUAUAGUUGGUCCAUUCCACCAUAUCAUGCCCCAACUCAGAAGUUCACGACAGCAAAGGUUUGUUCCAAUCCUGAUGGAUCAUUACAUCGAAACCUUCUCUGUCCAGUUGAUGUAUCCAAACAACCCGAUGCUACACUCCCAGACAUCCAAAUCACAGACCAAGCAAUACAACUGCUCAACAACCAUCUACCCACCCAGCCAUUCUUCUUCGCCAUUGGCUACCACAAACCACACAUUCCGUUUAAAUUUCCAAAAGAGUAUCUCGAUUAUUAUCAAUUAGAAAAUAUUGACUUGCCACUUAAUCGACAUUAUCCUCCCGGAUUACCAACAGUUGCAUGGGAGCCGUGGUCAGAUGUUCGAAAGAGAGAAGACGUUAUUGCUCUGAAUGUUAGUUUUCCUUAUGGGCCAAUGCCCGACGAUUUUAGUCGAAGAAUUAUUCAGCAUUAUUAUGCAGCGACGACGUACAUGGAUGAUCAAUUUGGUCGAGUGUUGAACUCGUUGAGAGAGAAUGGAUUGGAUAACAAUACGGUGAUCGUGUUUUUUGGAGAUCACGGUUGGCAGCUUGGUGAACACCAGGAAUGGGCAAAAUUCAGUAACUUUGAAACCGCCACUCGCACACCUCUAUUGUUCCACAUACCUCCUUCCAUCAACGACACAUUCGUACCGUCCAGAUCAGACAAACUAGUCGAACUAGUCGAUCUAAUGCCAACACUCUCAGACGUCUGCGGACUAGCCAUCCCACCUACAUGUCCAGCCAACUCAACAAACAUCAGAGUGUGCACAGAAGGCCACAGCUUCUCUCCUCUUCUUUACAAUCCCUCCUUGCCAUGGAAGUCCGCCGUGUUCAGUCAAUAUCCUCGACCAGGAGACAAACCAUCGGAAGACACAGACUCGCCCAUGUUGGCAAACAUAACGAUUAUGGGAUAUUCCAUACGCGUCAAACAGUAUCGAUACACUGAGUGGAUUGGCUUCAAUCACACCGACUUUACAGCUGACUGGAGUGAUGUCCAUGCGCGCGAGUUGUACAGCCACGAGGACGACAACGAGGAGAACGUGAACUUGGCAGGUGAUGAGAAAUAUGCGGACAUUGUUAGUCGAUUGACUGACAUGUUGAAGGAAGGUUGGCGUGCAGCGUUACCAGGCAAACGUGCUGCAAGUUAGGACAUUGGCUGUACGUCACAGGCAAGAAGGGAUCGUUGUCUGGUGGACGGUCAGACUAGAGUUAUGUGUGAACUUGAGAUUGUUCACUUGGAGUUUGUGUUGUAGAUUGGUGAUACACUUUGUAGGUCUAGCAUAGAGAAGUAGCAGCUGUUUUACACUAUUUGAAGUUUUUGAUAACAGAAUAAUUGACAUAAUGAGCCAUGUAUCUAAUCUGUCUGUCUGUCUUUCUCUGUGUCUGUCUAUCUGUUUGUCUACUUGUCUGUCUGUCUGUCAGCAUGUUAAUCAUGUUGUCUGUUUGUUUGUCUGUCUGUCUUCCAUCUGUGCAUUCAUUUGUCUGUCUGUCUGUCUUUCCGUCUGUGCGUCCAUCUGUCUGUCUGU